CGACCCACAAGAAAGGGGUAAGGUAACGAAAUUCAAUUGGAGGGGAGGCGGGCUGCUGCGCUCGCCGCCACGCUAACGACUAACGAGAAAAUAGCGCGUCCGGCCACCUGUUUCACUUCAAAAUUUCAAUUUAGAGCCUUUAAGCCACCACAGCCUCUUGCUUCUCCUUCACCACUCCUCUCUCUCCUCAAUUCUCUGCUCCAUAUCUUUUCUGGGUGUUUACUUUCUUCAUUACUUCCAGGAAUUUCUCAGCAACUUCUUAUUCACCUCCUGCUUCCAGGUCGGGAUAACUGUGCCGUGCUCCGCUCAAAGUAAACGACCAUAUCAUUUCAUGGCGCUUCGUUUUGAGAUUCUUGGCCGGUUCAACCGGGCUCGUGCAGCUCGAUUGACACUCCCCCAAUACGUGUGCCAGACGCCUUUGUUUAUGCCAGUGGGCACACAAGGAACAAUAAAAGGACUGACAACAAACCAGCUCGAGGAGAUUGGUUGCCAAAUAAUACUUGGAAAUACUUACCACUUGGCCCUUCGACCCACUUCUGAACUUCUUGAUGAAGCUGGUGGUCUACAUAAAUUUAUGAACUGGCCACGGGCUCUACUUACAGACUCUGGUGGCUUUCAAAUGGUAUCACUAUUGCAUCUUGCUGAUAUCACUGAAAAAGGUGUGACAUUUCAGUCACCAGUUGAUGGAAAACCAAUGCUCCUAACCCCUGAGGAAUCUAUUCAGAUCCAAAACAGAAUAGGAGCAGAUAUUAUCAUGGCUCUUGAUGAUGUUGUUAGGACCACUAUUACUGGUCCACGAAUAGAGGAAGCCAUGUAUCGAACGCUCAGAUGGAUAGACAGAUGUAUAGCAGCACACAAGAGACCACAUGAGCAGAACUUGUUUGGUAUCGUACAAGGUGGUUUGGAUCCUGUGUUGAGGGAUAUAUGUGUCAGAGGCUUAGUGGAUCGCAAUUUACCGGGCUAUGCUAUUGGUGGUCUUGCCGGUGGUGAGGAUAAAGAUUCAUUUUGGCGUGUUGUUGCUCAGUGCACUGCUGCUUUGCCAGAAGAUAAACCACGAUAUGUUAUGGGAGUUGGUUAUCCACUUGAUAUAGUUGUUUGUAGUGCUUUGGGUGCCGACAUGUAUGACUGUGUUUAUCCUACCCGUACUGCACGCUUUGGCACUGCUCUUGUUCCUCAGGGAGUACUGAAACUCAAACACAGAGCCAUGGCUGAUGACACUCGUCCCAUCGAUCCUUCCUGCUCUUGUAUGGUGUGCAAGAACUACACCAGGGCUUACAUCCAUUGUCUUGUGACAAAAGACGCUAUGGGGUCUCAGCUUCUGUCAUAUCAUAAUUUGUAUUAUAUUAUGCAGCUCAGCAGAGAUCUAUACUCAUCAAUAACCGAGGGAAGGUUCCCAGAGUUUGUAUGUGACUUUCUACAUAAAAUGCGAACAGAACCUAUCUUGGCCAAGAGUCUAUCAUGUAUUCCGCUCCCCCACCCCUCCUUUGUUGAAUCUUUUUGGCGUUAUUAUGUUGAGUUAAAUGAGACUGUCUUAGCCUCCCCGACCUGGCAGUUUCCUGCCACCACUUAAGCCAAGAGUCAAGGUCCUUGCAGUCGUUAUUGAGAGCGGAUGGCAUGUUUAGGGUAGAGUUAACAAAAGACCUUGCAAGGAUUGAGCCACUUUAGGGGUAAUACUAAUUGUUGCCCCAGACUUAGCCUUGGGUGCCUAUUUCUGGAUAUAUGCACUCUGAUCUCUGAUAGGCAUUUCUUGAGAGUUUUGAACCAAACGUAGAAUAUAAACUUUCCAUUUAUAUCGAUGACACUCAUCUUUUUCUACUUAAUGUUUGCUAAUUGAACCUCCUCACAUGCCUCAUGCUGCAGUUCCCGGAAGGUGAUGUUCCAGAAUGGGUCUGCAACGCUAUGGAAGUGGCUGGAAUUGACAUUUCUUCCUGUUGUGCUCCGUUCUCAUCAUAUCAAGAACGCAACCCCGAAAAUUGUUUUAGGGAGGAAGGGAUGGAAAUGAA